AUAGAAAGUGAAAGUGAAAGCAAAUCUUAAUAAACAAACACACGUGUGCUUCUCAAAAGAUGUCUGGAAAAAGGAAAUCGUCUAAAUCUAAUGCUAAUACGACAUCAAAGAAAACUAGAAUCAAAGGCCAGUGUGAAAUUUCUGUGAACAGUGUAUUUGAGGACGAAGCAGUACUGAAGAAGCUCACACAUUUUGUAGAGGAAGAGUUAGAAAAUGAGGACAGUUGUGAGUGUGGUGACAUCAAGGCAUACAGGAGGCCAUUCUUUCACUGUAUGCUGUCGAACCUUGUACAGAAUGAAGACUUCAUUGCCAAUUUACAGGAUGAAAUAUUAGAUCUUAAUUUUGUAGAGAAGAAUAACGACUUGUACAAGUUUCAUCAGAGCACUGAAGAUUUGAAAGUGACAAAGUUGCCCAAUUUAAGUGCAAUUAGGGAUGUGAUUUACACCAGUGUUCGUGAGUGGAUUAUAAAGAUGACUGGGAUCAAACUAAGCACCCAGGUAGACAUGUCCUGUGCCAUGUAUAGAUACACAGAUGUGCUGUCUUGCCAUGAUGAUGAGUUAGAUGACAGGCGGGUGGCCUUUAUAUAUUACCUGGUGCCUGAGUCAUGGAAUGAAGGGGAUGGAGGGCGCCUGCAGCUGUUUUCUCUGGAUGAUAAUGGUGAACCGAAAGAAAUCAUCAAAAACCUCAUUCCUGUGCAGAACAGUUUUGUUUUCUUUGAAGUAACACCUGCUUCAUUUCAUCAGGUGGAGGAGGUUCUGACUGAGGAUAAGACUAGGUUAUCCAUUAGUGGGUGGUUCCACGGACCAAGGAUAGACAGACCAUCUCCGUAUGUGGAGGCCCCUCCUACUGCAAGUCUUUCAGUAUCUAUAGAAGAAGAUGACUUCUAUUCCUGGCUGAACCCCCAAUAUCUGGACUCUGCAACCCAAGCCUCCAUCAAAGAGACCUUUGUAGAGGAAUCACAGAUAGAACUCAGUAAUUUCCUACAGGAGAACAUGUAUGAGGAGUUGGCCUCACUCCUGUCAGGAAUCGAUAGAAGUAAAUGGUCUAACAAGGGUCCCCCCAACAAAAGAAAUUACAUGAGUAUUGAUGUGAAUGAGCUGCCAGAUCAUGUGACAAAGUGUUUGAAAUUCCUCCAAUCAGAUGCCUUCUUUUUGAUCUUGUCAUCUUUAACUGGUUUGAAACUCCAUGAGUUAGCAGAAGUGUCAGAUGAGGAGGAGGAGGAGGAAGAACAAACAAAUCAGAAGGGGGAUUCCCCGCGAUGUCAUUGCGAAGUCAGGAAAUGGCAGCAUGGAAGUUAUACGCUGGUUCAUGACACGGACGCCGAGACCAAGCACUGUGCUCUGGAUGCUGUGCUUUACAUUGGAUGCGGAGAUUGGCAGACAGAAUAUGGAGGAAUAACAUCAUACAUAGCUAAAGGAGAGGAUGAGGAGCUGCUGUCAGUGUGCCCCACCCCCAACAGCCUGGCCCUGGUCUACAGGGACACAGAGACACUCAAGUUUGUGAAACACAUCAACGCCAGGGUGAAUGACACGCCCAACAAGGGCUUUAUGGACAUCUCCUGUGUGAAGCGAGAGGAGAGGGAAAGUGAUUUCAGUGACGAGGAGAGUAUCAAGUCAUUAAAAUCGUGUCCAGACGAGGAGAAACAGGAGAGCAAUGGUCGUCUGCCGACCCCAUCAAAUCCACAAGAUAGCGAUAAUCCUGUAGUACAGCCCAUGAGUGACUCUAUUCUGAACGAGGAAGAAGACAGCGCACUCCAGGACGAGGAGCUUGGACUGAGGGCCAGGCGAUGUAAGGUGCCCGACAGCCUGACGGACGAGCAGGAAGAUGCCCUCGCCGAGUGGUUCCAGAGCCAGCCCUUGUUCUUUGACCAGUCUGUCAGAGACUUCAAGAACAAGGACAAGAGGGAGAGGCUUCUAGAGGAGAAGGCCCAGGACUUCGGACUACAAGGUAAGGACAUCAUGCUGUGGUUCAAGUCCCAGCGAACAAUCUAUGGCCGCCUGAAGAAGAAGAAGAGUGGCCUCGCCCCCCAAAGUCUGACCGCCAGACAGCGAUGGGUGAUGAGGACCUUCAGCUUCCUGUCCCCCUACCUCAUCGCUAGGAACUCCAGGAACCUAGCAAAACACAACCAUGCGCCGGAGAUGCGGGUGGAUGAUGACUCCUGGGAUGAGGAUGUGGCCCAGCUGGAUAUUUCUCAGUACGACCUUCACCCCGGUCCACUGCGCCUGCCCGAGUCCAUCGCUUCCGAGCAGGAGUUAGUCAACAUGUCCGGAACACCAGUAAGGGCUGAUCUCAGGACCGCCUUUAUAAAGCAAGAAACUCCAGACGAUUCCACAGAGCAGACGACGGAAACAUUGCCAAGAAACCAUCACCUUCAGCCGCCGACCAGCGAAGUCCUUGACCCGGGGAGGAGUAGUAGCAACAGCCCGCGGACAGCGUGGGCCAACUGGCUGACUGCUGAGGUGAUGGAAUUACCCGAGGAGCUUUGGCGGAAGUUCCAAAGGGAGUCAUUUGAACUUGUCAUGCGCUACAAAGAACAGCAGCAGGUACAUAGGCAGCAACAAUCUAAUCACCCGGGAUCAACUUCCGGUGCAACGUCUCAUUUUGCAACAAUUGCGCAACCACAGCAUCAAUUCCGUUAAAAUUAUUAUACAUUAGUGUGUUUUCGUUAUUGUACAAUUAAUCAUUAAAUUUUCAUGUUGUUCCAUA